UCGCUCUCCUCUCCUCACCAAGUCUCUCCGGAAGCUCCCCCAGUUCCUCCCUAGCCCUCUCACCCUGGUUCUUCUCCCGGCUCUCCGAGGUGCUUGGGGACCCGCCCCUUUCUCCUCUCCCUCAGCGCACUUCUCCGUCCGGGGUGGCUUUAAGGAUGAUGGAGGGCUGCCUGGGAGAGGAGUCUGUCCAGAUGUGGGAGCUCAAUCGGAGGCUGGAGGCUUAUUUGUCCCGGGUCAAGUCUCUGGAGGAGCAAAACGAGAGGCUUCGGCUGGAGAUUGGGAGCCUCCGGGAGCUCCCUGGAGAACCAUCCUGGAGAAGCCAGGCGGAGGAGGAGCUGAGUGCCCUGCGGGCCCUGCUGGACCAGCGCUGGAGCGAGAAGCAUGCUGCCGAAGUGGCCAGGGACAAUCUUCUGGAGGAGGUAGAAGGGGUGGCAAGCCGAUGCCAGCAGCAGCGGUUAGCCCGGGAGCGAGCUAAGGAGCAGGUGGCCGAGAGCCGCCGGCUGCUGGAGGCCGAGAAGUGGGCAGGGGUGUGUCUAGGGAACCAGGCAGCCGAGCUGGAGAAGGAGCUCGAGGCUUUAGUGGUGGCACAUGAGCAGGAGCGGGCGGGAAUGAGCGCCCAGGUGGCCCGCUCCGCUCUGGGCCUGGAGACCUUUCGCAGGGCUCCCGAUAAUGCCCCUGCCCCCGACGUGCAGGACCUAGCCCGCACGUUCGGGGAGGCGUGGAGGGGCGCAGUGGAAGGCUAUCAGGCCCGCGUUGCCUGCAUGGAGGCCUCCCUGGGACAGGCCCGGGAGAGGCUAGGUCAGGCGAUGCAAGGGACCCGAGAGGGACAACGAGAGGUGCAGCGGCUGGACGUAGAGAGGGCAGCGCUCCAGAGCCGUCGAGAGAUGCUGGAGCAGAGGCUGGAAGGCCAGUGGCAGGAGCAACAGGAGUCAGGAGAGAAGUACCAGCUGGUGGUGGAGGCCCUGGAGCAGGAGAAACAGGAUCUCCACAACCAGAUUGCUCAGGUCCUGGAAGAUCGGCAACAGCUGAUGCACCUGAAAAUGUCCCUUAACCUAGAAGUGGCCACGUAUAGGACACUCCUGGAGGCUGAGAGUUCCCGGCUGCAUACAUCCAAUAUAGAUUCAAAGGCCACUGCCAUCUUUCCUGACCCCAAGGUGGAGUUGUGUAUCCCUGGGACACCUGAGAUCCGGCGCCCAGGACCCUGGCCUCCUGUCCUGAGUCCCACACCCCUUCCCAUGGUGGAUACACCUAGGACCCCAAUGCCUACGUUUGUGAAGAGUCAAGGAUUCCUCCCAACCCAGACACCCACCUUGGCCAGCACCCCCAUCCCACCCAUUUCCCAAGCUCACCACUCAGGCUCUAGGAGGGAAGUCCAAGCCCAGGUGGCACCCUCCUACCUUCUCCAGGGGCCAUCUUUUGAUGGACCCAAGCCAAAGGAUAGUGACCACCUGGCUGCUCUAAAGCUCCCAUGGGCCAAAGCCAAGGUAGGCAUUGGAGUGGGCAGUAAUCUGGGGUCUGAAGAACCAGGGAUUGAGAAACAACAGGUCCCCAGCUUUCCUUGUCCAGAUGAGCUAAUGGAACAAGUUGAGGAUGGAAAAAUUGACUUAGCAAUUGACUCUGCUAUUGACCCCAUGAAGGCCAAAGAUGGGGAGGAAGAGAAAGAGGAGCUCAGUGGUUUCAGUAGUUCCCAGCCCCCAGCUCCAGAUCCUAGUAAAUACCAAAAGAAGGAGGAAACAGAAAUCCAGGGGGUGGCAGAGGAGGAAGAAGAAGCUAAAGAGACAAUCACAGAGAAUUUGGAACAAGAGGCAUGGCAAAAAGGAGGGGCCCUAGACAGGGAGGAGAUACAGGAGACCCUGAGGCUGCCAGGUGAGAUCCAGGAAACACCUGAAAUUUCAGAGGAGAAGUUUCAGGACACACUCAGGAUUCUGGAUGGAGAGAUCAAGGAGGCCCUGAAGCUACCAGGUGAGGAGAGGCAGGAGACCCAGAAGCUGCCAAGUGAGGGAUUCCAGGAGACCCAGAGUCUUCUAGGUAAGGAGACCCAGGAGACACAGAUUCUUCUAGGUGAGGAGAUCCAAGAGACCCAGAAGCUGCCAGGUGAGGAAUUCCAGAAGAUCCAGGGUCUUCCAAGUAAGGAGAUCCAGGAGACCCAGAAGCUGCCAAGUGAGGAACUCCAGAAGACCCAGGGCCUUCCAAGUAAGGAGAUCCAGGAGACCCAGAAGCUGCCAAGUGAGGAACUCCAGAAGACCCAGGGCCUUCCAAGUAAGGAGAUCCAGGAGACCCAGAAGCUGCCAAGUGAGGAACUCCAGGAGACCCAGAUUCUUCUAGGUGAGGAGAUCCAAGAGACCCAGAAGCUGCCAGAUGAGGAAUUCCAGAAGACCCAGGGUCUUCCAAGUAAGGAGAUCCAGGAGACCCAGAAGCUGCCAAGUGAGGAACUCCAGAAGACCCAGGGCCUUCCAAGUAAGGAGAUCCAGGAGACCCAGAUUCUUCUAGGUGAGGAGAUCCAAGAGACCCAGAAGCUGCCAGGUGAGGAAUUCCAGAAGAUCCAGGGUCUUCCAAGUAAGGAGAUCCAGGAGACCCAGAAGCUGCCAAGUGAGGAACUCCAGGAGACCCAGAAGCUGCCAAGUGAGGAACUCCAGGAGACCCAGAGUCUCGCAAGUAAGGAGAUCCAGGAGACCCAGAUUCUUCCAGAUGAGGAGAUCCAGGAGAAUCUGCCAUGUGGUGAGAACCAAAAGAUAUUGAGUUUUCCAGGAGAGGAGAACCAAGAGAUACUGAAGUCUCCAGAAAAUGAGAUGCAAGAGACACUGAGGUCUCUAGGAGAAGAGAAUGAAGAGAUAUUGAGCUCUCCAAAAGAAGGCAACCUGGAGAGAGAGGAGAAGCAGGACUCACUGGGUUCUCCAGAAGAGAACAAACAGGAGACAGUGAGUUCUCUAGAAGGAGUCCUGGAGAGGAAGGAGAAUCAGGAGACUCUGGGAUCUCCAGAUGACAUUCAGGAAAUGGUGAGCUCUCCAGAAGACCUGGAGAGGGAGGACAACGAGGAGACACUAGGACCUCCAGAAGAAGAAAACCAGGAAAUACUGAAGCCCCUAAAAGAGGAAAUCCAGGAAAUACUGUGUUUUUCAGAAGACAAAAACCAGGAGAGGGAGGAGAUGCAAGAAAUAUUAGGUUUGUCAGAAAAGGAAAUGCAGGAGACAUUAAGAUCUCUGGAUAAGGGUAACUUGGAGAUGGAGGAAAACCAGGAGAUUCCAGAAGAGGGAAAAGUAGAAUUGGAGAGGAAGGAGAACCAGGAAACAUUGCAGUCUCUGGAAGUGGAAAGCCUAGCUCUUCAAAAACCAGAGGAUGUGGCUAGGAUGGGCCAAGGGCAGUCCAGCGGCAGAGAUGAAAAAGGCCCAUGUGAGAUUGGAAAGGAUCAUGAAGAAACUGCAAAGCUGAAGCCAGGAGAGCAAAGUGGCCUUGAAAGGAACUGGGAGGUUGUAGAGGAGGCAGGAUUGCAGUAUGGUAGCUCUGCUGAGUCCUGGCAGGCUGAAGAAGAGGAGCUGGGGAGCCAGGAGUCUGAAGAGCAGAAAUUUCCAACAAAGGAAACCAUUGAGGAGGGGAUGACCAAAGGCCCCCAGGUGGAGUUCAAGGAGGUAGAGUCACCAGAACUUGGAGCAAUGGCAGAGCAGAUGUUAAAGGAAGAUGGAGCCUUCAGGAAGAGUGAUGGAGUAACCCCAGGGGAUAAUGGAUCUAUAGUGGGUCUAAAGCCAUCAGAGAAGGAAGAGGUAAGAAGUCAAGAACAGCUGGAAAGGGAGGAAUCAGAAUUAGAGAACUGGGAAGAGGGGCCAUCAGAGCCACACUACGUGGAAGUGAUUUUAGAAACUUCAGUGGAGCAGUUGGAGAGACAGACUGGAAAGCAUGUGCAGGAAACAGAUGAACUGAACCAGCAGUCCAACAGGCUGCUUAUGGAGAGUGGAAGUCACCCCCAUUUAGAGGCCACAGAGCUAUUGGAAGAAUUAGAGCAGGGGAAGUCUUUAGGAAUGGGGGAAGACCUUAGACCCCCUUCAGACACCUUCUCUGCAAAAACUACAAUCGACAACACUGAUGAUGAAGAGGGUGCCACCAUUCAAUCUCACCUCAUGGGCCAGGGAGGACCCCAAGAGGAAACAAAACAAGAGGUAAGGGCCUCAGAAGAUCUCCAGAGCCCCCAAGUUGAGGGAUACUCGGAGCAAAUGCCACAGCCCUUCAGCUCACUUCCCAAAGACCCUCUGGGGUCCUCUUUUAGGGCUGACAGCAACCAAGAGUUAUGGGAAAGCUGGGAAACAGAGGAGAGAACAAGGGCCAGUGAGGAGCUGGUCAGGGAAAUAGGGAAAGUUGGUGUUCAAGACAGCUCAGCAGUCUUUCAAGAGGAGGUGGAGGAGAGUGAGGAGGAUGAUCUGAGUGAGACUCUCCCAGACUCCACACCCUUGGGCCUUUACUCUAGGGACCCAGACUCAUCUAGCUGGGGGAUUAUUGGAAAGGAACAUCCUUCUCCUCAAGAGGAGCAUAAAGAUGAUACCUGGGACUCCCCACCCAGGCAUGCUGAGGCCAGUAAGACUCAGCCAUGUGAAGGAGAGGAGGAUGAGGAGGGGGCUCCUGACUCUGAAGUGUCUGAAGACUUUGAGGACCUUGCUGCUGAUGCUUCCCUCUUACCUGGGAGCCCUGGGGGACCAGUGGGCACUGUGAGGCAUGGGUCCGAAUUGCUGCUAGACCCUCCUACCUGGGAUCGGGAUGGAGAGUCUGAUGGGUUUGCAGAUGAAGAAGAAAGUGCAGAGGAGGAAGAGGAUGGUGAUGAUGAUGACGACGACGAUGACGACAAUGAUGGGAGAGGUGAGGGAAUUAGACACUGGGAGCUGGGUCACUCUUUGGGAAGUCCAGUGAGUUACCAUAAGGAAGAAGAACCCAAGGAGGAAAGGGACAGAAAUGCUGAUGCCCCCUCAGAUGCUGGAGAGAGGGAGGGAGCAGAAAAUCCCUGUCCUGCAGUUCUGGAGGUUGAGAAAGAGAUGGAGCCCUCAGAUAGACCAAAGUCCCUGGACAGCGAUAUACAAUCUGACUCUGAAGAAGAGCAUUCUCAUGACACUGAAGAUAGGGGACACUCCGACCUGGAGGAGGAGGAGCUGGAGCCUCCCCUACCACAAAGUCAAGGCCUUUUAGGAGUGAGUGACCUGAGCCCCUCGGAUAAGGAGUAUCAAGCCUCAGACGGUGACCUGAUAGACAUACCCUGCAGAGUGGACGACAGUGUCAGGAAGUCAGGGGCUAGCCUCAAUGGUGGGGGUCCCAGCCUGGACCAACCAGAUGACAUCAGAGGAGAAAUAUUAAACGGGUUGGGGAAGCUUGAGGAGGCGAGCCAGGGGAAGCUAUGGGCCCUGGAGAGGGAGGGAGGUGAAGGGAAAGCCCCUGAGGAGGAGCUCUCCUCCCAUACCCAGUGGAGUGGAGGUCCCCUCAUCCUGGAGCAGAGACCAUUUCUGAAAUUCACUCAGAGCAAGGAAGAGGAUAGAGAUUCUUGGUCCUCAGGGGAUGAGUAGAAAGGGGUCUCUCUUCUCUCUUCUAGCUCUGGGGAGGGGACAAGGGACAGCAGAAAUGGUAAUCCCCCCACCCCACAUUCCCCUCGAGCUUGGGAGUCUUCGUCUUGACGUGACUCAUGACCUAACUUCAGUGUUUUGACCCCUAGGGUCAGGAGGUGGGUUGGAGAAAAAGGAUUUCCCCAAAAUGGAAGCUCUGGAAAAAGCAAUUCAGUCCCUUCUUCCCUCCCUUGGAAAAGUGGUAUAGGAGUAUUUUCUUCCAUCUCCUCUCUGAAAUUUAGACCAGAUCCUGGUCACCACAGGCCUCCUUGGGUCCCUCACUGUGGUCAUCCCCUCAUUGCCCCCAAAACUCUCUUUCUCAAAGAGGGGAAAUAAGGGGUAUUCCCUACUUUGAGUGCAGUGGAAAUGGAAGAAUCAUAGGGGAAAGUUAGGGGACAGAAUUCUAACCUUCUUGAGCUGGUAGUGACAGUAUCUGAGGCUCUGCCUCUAUCCAAUCUUGCAGUGGGCCGUGGGGGACGUCUCUUCAUUGCUAACCCAGUAUAAGAGAGGAGGGACCACCAAGCAUUCUAAUAUGCUCAGCCUGAACCCUUAGCCCCUCUACCCCCAUGGUAUCUAGGUUGGUUUUGUGAAUAAAGUGAUCACAGCCACCACCA